AGUGUGGUACCACAGCAGGUCAUAUGAGGACGACGGCAGCUGAAAAUGGCUGUAACUCACAAAGUCCUCGCUCUGAUCUCGGCAGUUUGCAUCGACUUUUCCUUCUUUUACGCAUCAGGAUUUGUAGUUCACAGCGCGUUAGGGCACCUUUCCCGUCUGUGGAUUUCUGCAGCUCUGCGAUGGUCAGCUAUCACUUUUAUAUCUCUCCUCAUACUUGGGGACCUAAAACCGUCGUUGAUUCGCUUUAUAACGGCGUACAGUUUGCUUCCAGCGGUGUUUGAGACCAGUUCCAGCGCGUUUUACCAUGAGGAGAGCCAGUGCAGCCAGGUGACGGAUCUGCGCUGCUGGCUGAUGUGCGCCGGAGCGUCGGUGGCUGCUGCGCUGUUCUGGGAGAUCACCAUACCGGACAACAAUGAAGAGGCUGCCAGUAAAAAGAAGAAGCAGAAAUCCAGGGUCCUGUUCAUGAGGGUUCUGCGCCUGAACAAACCCGACUACGUCCUGCUGCUUGGGGGCCUUGUGUUUUUGUCUCUGGCAGUCAUCUUUGAGAUGUUCAUCCCGUUCUACACAGGGAGAGUCAUUGACAUCCUUAGCAGUAAUUACAAUCAAAAUGAAUUCUACACAGCACUUCUCUUCAUGGGCCUGUACUCUUUGGGAAGUUCUGUGAGUGCCGGCUGCAGAGGGGGUCUGUUACUUUGUGCCAUCAAUUCCUGCACAUGCAGAAUCAAAGUGAAACUGUUUGGGGCUUUGACCAAACAGGAAAUUGGCUUCUUUGAGUCCAUAAAGACAGGUGAGAUUACAUCUAGAUUGUCUAAAGACACCACCCUGAUGGGAAGAACAGUGUGUCUGAAUGUGAACGUGCUGCUGAGGACAUUCAUCAAGACAGUGGGCAUGAUCUCCCUGAUGAUGAAUCUGUCAUGGAAACUCACCUUCCUUGUCCUGAUGGAGACACCCAUCACUGGGCUCAUACAGAACAUCUAUGACACACACUACCAGAGGUUAUUUCAGGCAAUGCAGGACUCAAUGGCUCGUGCAAAUGAAGCUGCAAAUGAAGUAGUGUUUGGUAUUCGUGUGGUACGAAGUUUCAACACAGAAAAACAUGAGGCCCGUCGCUACAACAAAUGUUUAAUGGAAACACACACCCUCAAGACCCGCCGGGACACUGUCAGGGCUGUUUACCUGCUCGCAAUGAGGUUGACAGGGUUGGCUAUGCAGGUCUUCAUAUUAUACUAUGGCAGACUUUUCAUCCAGAAGGGACAGAUGACCACCGGAAACCUGGUUUCCUUCAUCCUCUACCAGUCAAAUCUUGGCGACAACAUAAGGACACUGACCUACAUCUUUGGUGACAUGCUGAACUCAGUGGUGGCUGCUGGGAAAGUGUUUGAGUAUCUUGACCGAAAGCCUGAGGUCAGCACCGAUGGAAAACUUAAACCCGAUCAGCUGAGAGGACAUGUCAGCUUCCACUGUCUCAACUUUGCCUAUCCUGCAAACCCCAAUAAAACUGUCCUGCAGGACUUUUCUUUGGAGCUGAAACCCGGUAAGAUGACGGCUCUCGUUGGUACUUCUGGAGGAGGAAAAAGUACCUGUGUGAGUCUGCUGGAGCGACUCUACGAGCCUCAGGAUGGAGAAAUAUUUCUGGAUGAUAAACCACUGAAAUCCUAUGACCACCAUUUCUUCCACAAAAAGAUUGCAGUGGUGAGCCAGGAACCUGUUCUCUUCUCUGGCUCUGUCAGAGACAACAUCGCCUACGGGCUUGAUGAAUGCUCAAUGGAUGAGAUCCAGGAAGCAGCACGAAAAGCCAACGCCCACGACUUUAUUGAGCAACUAGAGAAAGGCUACAACACAGAGGUGGGUGAAAGUGGCAGCCAGUUAUCUAAGAGUGAGAAGCAGCGGAUCGGCAUUGCUCGAGCUCUGGUCAGGCAGCCCAAGGUCCUCAUCCUGGAUGAAAUCACCAGCUCUCUGGACACUGAGAAUGAAAACAAGGUCCUUCAGGCCCUGGCGAGCUGCCCCAACCAGACUCUCCUGGUCAUCGCUCACAGGCUGAAAACCAUUGAGAAGGCAGAUCAGAUUGUUGUGAUCAACGGUGGCAAAGUUGUGGAGCAGGGGAAUCACCAGGAGCUGAUGGACCUGAAGGGAAACUACUACAAACUGAAAGAGCUUCUUCCAGAAGGAAACUCACCCCAGUGAUGAAUUACUGAUGUUUGACUGGAGCUUAAAGUGGGAGGAGUGUUUUCUAGGAUUAUGCUGUGAUGGAGUUGGUGUAUACAGAAUAUGGAUAGGUUUGUAAAACUGCAUUUUCACCAGCUUAAUGUUCUAUUUAUUGUACAGACUGUUGAUCUCAUUCCUUUUAUCAAAGUUUUUAUCUGAGAGCUGUAUCUGAUUUUUCUUUUUCAUGUCGUGGUAUUUGAUAAAAAACAAAUAAAUGUUUUACACAAUGAAUCAUUGCUGCCGCCAUAAAACUUCAUGUUUUAUCAGAGAACAAAGGUUGUUGUCUGGGUGACAUGUUCUAAAUAAAAUAUUGAUCGAUAGCA